GAGACGAGACGAGACGAGACGAGAGGUGAGGAGACGAGAGGAGACGAGAGGAGGAGGGAGAAAGGGAGAAAGGAUACAAAAAGUUUGAAGAGGAAGAAGAGAUAAAAGACAAGAUGGAGUGAAGGUGAUGGAUUGGACAAGAAGAGGAGAGACAGGGGAGGAGGAGAAAGAGGAGGAGGGAGAGAGAGUUAGAAAGAAAAGGUUAGGAGGACAUGAGAGGGACAACACAAAGAGACAGUAAACACCUGCUCACGUGUGGACAAAUAUUUUGAGGAGAAACCUUGUCAGAAAAAAAGGGGAGGGGUCUGAGGAUGGAGAGAGGAAGAGGACAAAAGAAGGGGAGGAAGAGGAAAGGAAUCAAGGGCGGAGGAAGGACCUAAAAAGAUGGAUGGGGGGGGGGGAUCAGCUGGAGGAGGGAGGAGACAGACAGCCGGGUGAGGAGGAGGAGGAGGAGGAACAGGAAGAGAGAGGAGGAAGGAGCAUCAUCAGGACACACAGACACAGACAGACCGGGGAACCACGGAGCCUCCGCCGCCGCCACAGAACCAGCAGACCCGGCCGCAGACACGGAGCCAUGGCCGAGGAAGGCAGCCCAUCCACGGCCUGCACCGGCUCCAGCCUGCUGCAGCCGGUCAGCGAGAUCACCGACCUGCCGCUGGACCAGGUAAGAUCCACAGCAUCCCCCCGGGGCCCGAGCCUCCGAGCCCGGCGAGCUCCGGGCCGGAGAACGUCCGCGGCCCGAGUCUGACAAACAAACAGGGCGGAUAACACCGAAAGAUGGAGGCCCGACGGGACCGGCCGAGGAGGGACCGGCCCCGGACGAGCUGAGCCGCAGCCGGAGACAGAGUCCCCCGUCACAUCGGCUUCAUCUGAAUUCAUCCAUCAGCUGUGAACUUUGUGGUGUGCCAGCUCUGUGCUCUGCUGUCGGCCUUCUGGUUCCGUCUCUUCCUCCAUCCCAGUAAAACCAGUCCCUUCAUCAGACAUGUGGUGGCGACUCUACUGGGACUCUACUUCGCACUGUUCUGCUUCGGCUGGUACGCUCUUCACUUCCUGGUGCAGAGUGGACUCACCUACGGCAUCAUGAUCCUGACGGGAGUGGAGCACAUGCACAAGUACUGCCUGCUGGUGGCGCUCAGCUACCUGAGUCUGUGUCAGAUCACUCGAGUCUACGUCUUCGACUACGGCAUGUACUCUGCGGACUUCACUGGGCCCAUGAUGGUGAUCACACAGAAAAUAACCAGCCUGGCGUUUGAAAUCCAUGAUGGAAUGGCACGGAAAGAGGAACAUCUGACUCCGGGACAGAAGAUUCUGGCCAUAAGGAGGAUGCCCAGUCUGCUGGAAUACUUCAGCUACAACUGUAACUUCCUGGGAAUCCUGGCCGGACCCACCUGCUCCUACAACGACUACAUGGCCUUCAUCGAGGGAGACCCCCGUCGCCACAGAGACCAGGGCGCUGACAGGAAGUCCAGCUGCAAGCUGAGGCCAAGCGAGCCCUCGCCUAACACCGAGGUCGUCCGCAAAGUCGCCACUUCCUUCUUCUGCCUCCUCGUCUUCCUGUCCGUGUGCAAAGUGUUCCCCGUGGAACGAAACAUCGAUGACGACUUCAUCGCCAACACGCCGUUCUACGCUCAGGUGGUCUACCUGUACCUGUCCAUGUUGACCACCAGACCCAAGUACUACUUUGUCUGGACACUGGCUGACGCCAUCAACAACGCCGCUGGUUUCGGCUUCAACGGUUACGACGGCGGCGGUUCUCCGCGCUGGGACCUAAUCUCCAACCUGAGGAUCCUCAACAUCGAGUUUGCCACCAGCUUCAAAGUUUUCCUGGACAACUGGAACAUUCAGACGGCUCAGUGGCUCAAACGGGUGUGUUACGAGCGAUGUCCCUACCACCCGACAGCAGCCACCUUCAUUCUGUCAGCCAUGUGGCACGGAGCCUAUCCAGGAUAUUACCUCACCUUCCUCACUGGCAUCGUUAUCACACUGGCUGCCAGAGCGGUCAGACACAACGUUCGUCCAUACUUCCUUCAGUCACCCUCUCACAAACUGGUCUAUGAUGUCAUCACGUGGGCUGCCACUCAGAUCGCUAUCUGCUACACGGUGAUGCCUUUCGUCCUGUUGUCCGUCGGUCCGUCGAUAAAGUUCUACAGGUCCUGGUGCUUCGGUCUCCAUAUCGGCUGUGUUCUUCUGGCCGUGGCGUUGCCGGUCAAACCGAGACAUCUCCGCCUCAAGGACGAGCAGAAAAACUUCCCCCAGGCGCCGGUCCAGCACCACCUGGAGGCCACAGAGAGCAACUGCAGCCAGAAGGAAAAGAACACAUGAGGCAGAGGAGAAAGAACACUCGUGUACAACACUAUAUUUCCAUUCACUUGUACAGAAAGAGGCGGAGUUGAGCCACGUGAGACGGACCUUCCUCCUGACGGAGGAAGACGAACACACUGUAUUAUUUGGACUUGUGGGGUGAAUGGAGAUUAGGAACAGGCCCUGAACCCUUCAGGCCCGUGUUGUACCAGAUGAAGUUUUUUUCUCAUUAACGAUGGACGGGACAGACUCUGGAAAACUAACAUAUAUGUAUUGAACCAUCAUGGCCACGUGUAGUGUUAGACUGGUCAGAAACCUGACAGACGGAUGAUUAUAGAUUUUAUAUGAGUGGAGUGAACAGAUGAACGACUGGGCCACAUCACAUUCCUCUGACUCCACAGACUGACUGUCGUCGUGUUAUAAUCUGUUCAACCACGUCACAGUUUUCAUAGAAAUUAGUUUUUUGAAAAAGUGCCAAUGAUUAUUUCACUCAGUCGCCUUAGUUGUUUUGUUUAGUUUUUUACGAGAAGAAGAAAAAUGCUAUACCAUGCUGAGACAGUGUUUACAUGUGUAGGUGUUAUUUGUGUGAUCAGUAGCACUUUCUGAUGAGGCAACAACUAUAAAGACUUUAUUGGCUUCUCUCCUGGUUGAUAAAUCAUUUACUAAUGCUUUAAAUAUCAGUUCUGUUAAAUCCUGCCUCAGCACGACACUACGCUUGUACUAUUUACAGUUUGUACAAAGAUCAACAGCCAGUCAAACUCUUUGCUUCUCGCACGAUCAGUCUGCUCUCGUGAAUGAUAAUAAGCGUCCAGACGUUCAAACAUCCUGCAGCUGAGACAUGAAUGUUAAUGGUGAGAUGUGAACAAGCCAACAGGUCGGAUUGUUAACUGAUCAGUAAAGCAUUCGAAAUGACUCAUUAAUUAGUAACGCUACUUAUUAAUUAUCGCUCAUAAACCCUUUAUAGACGUGGCCUUAUCAGGUGGUACAUGUACUGUACUUACUGUAAUUCAAACGUGUUAGUGUGAGAUGUGCGGAGAUCUGAACAGAAUUUUAAAGGUGACAUAUUCUGCUCAUAUUCAGGUUCAUACUUUUAAUUUGUGACAACUUGAAAAAGUUGACAUGCUCUAACGUCUCACACUGCUCAUUCCUGCGGCUCGUCUUUUCACCCCCAGUCUGAAACAGACUUAUUUUAGCCCCGCCUCUCGAAUAAACCCCCAGGCUCACGUUGGUUCAGGUUAGUUCAUCGCUGCUGUUUGUGUAUGAUCAGAAAGAGUUUCCGUGUUGAAUCUUCAGGUUGUAGAACAGCCCGGUGAGACGUGACGUCCUGUCACACUUCAGAUUUAAUUCUAUUGAGCAGUUCAGCAACAGAGUUGAGAUUAAUUAAUUCCUUAGACAGAAGAAUAAUCGCUAACUAUUUUGACAAGUUGAUGGUUUCAUAGUGGAACAGUUGCCAAACACGAUCUCAUUUCAGAUUCUGAAGGAUUUUGUCUUUUGUUUUUUUCUAUCAAUUAAAGAAUUGGUUCACGUCAGCUAAUGAUUCAUUUGAUCAAUUAAAGAGUUGGUUCACGUCAGCUAAUGAUUCAUUUGAUCAAUUAAAGAGUUGGUUCACGUCAGCUAAUGAUUCAUUUGAUCAAUUAAAGAGUUGGUUCACGUCAGCUAAUGAUUCAUUUGAUCAAUUAAAGAGUUGGUUCACGUUAGCUAAUGAUUCAUUUGAUCAAUUAAAGAGUUGGUUCACGUUAGCUAAUGAUUCAUUUGAUCAAUUAAAGAGUUGGUUCACGUUAGCUAAUGAUUAAUUUGAUCAAUUAAAGAGUUGGUUCACGUUAGCUAAUGAUUCUUUUGAUCAAUUAAAGAGUUGGUUCACGUUAGCUAAUGAUUCUUUUGUUUGGGGUGUAGAAACUAACCCUGUUGGUUCACUUCAGCUAACAGUCUGUUUGGGAUUAGCUAACGGCGCUAGUGUAGAAGCUAAUAGCUAAUGUUCGUACAACAGCUCACAGGACACAGUUGGUUCAUUGGGUUCAUUUGAUGAAUCAACUGGUUGUUUUGAAGUUUCUCUGCAGCAGCUACAAAAGUUAGUUUCAGUUCAGCCAGAUUGUUUCAUAAAGAUUAAAUUCUUCUUCUCCUUCUUCGCUGUACUUGUGUCUGAAACCAUGUUGAGACCGCGUGGUUCUUGUGUACGUUCUGUUGAAUUCCAUCAGCACAUCUUCCUGAUGUUUCCCUGAUUCCUUCUUCCAUCUGUGUUGUCCUUGUUCUUAAAAUGUGGCGAGAGCUGGUCGAGGUUGUAACAUAGAUACAGACGAUUCAGUCGUUCAUGUUCUCACAGCGAAGCAGACACUUAUCUGUAGGUUUGAUAUGGACAAUAUGUUUGUUUUUGUAAAUGACGUCAUUAAACCUUGGAAAUGUUUGUUUUUUUACA